AAUCUCCGUCAGUCAGUGACGGAGUUGCCUGGUUGCAGCGUGGGUGGCACGCGCGCGCGUUGGCCCGGCCAGCUCGAUUCGAUUAAACUUUGCAGCAGCCCUCGUUCGUCGCGAGCGGGGGUGAGACCUCGUGUCGUGGCUUGUUAUAUGCCGAGCGUCAUUAUCCCUUCGCGGGGUAUACGUCAGAAUCGCGUCGCGGGACAAACGUGACAAUUUGUGCUUCUGCAUCCAGACUUAAUCGGAGGACUUACACGGGAGACUUGCUGCUUCCCAUUCGUACGACGUCACGCGGGUGCGAGAGAACAAGGCUCAUCAUCGAAUCAAAGUACUGCGGCUGCUCAAUGACCGUCUUCUCUUGUCAAGAGGACGAAGAAGCCGAGGACGAAGACAACAAUAAUUCACGGAAAGACGGAUGUUUAUAUUGCAAUUGGAGAUGUUAUGCAAGAGACUUGGAAGACGAGUGGCGAACAGUUGAGAUGUCCUUCAUAAGGGCGUGACCACGACAGCAUAAUGUGGAAGGCGAAAUGGUUACGUUUCACCGAAUGCUUCUGCCGAAGGUCCGGCCUCGUUCUGGUUUUACCGUGUCUGAUCAUUAUCAUCCUUUAUCUCGUUUCCGACGACGAAUACGAGUACGAUGUUCUACAGUAUCCGUCCUUCAAGUCGUAUAACAUCGCUGAAGGCAUGGUGGAUGGUUAUCUCGUAUGGAAUCCGAAAUGUCAUAUGCUGUCCAAAAAGCCUUUGGAUCCGUCCAUCGCGAAAUUCGUGAGGAAGGAAAAACUGGAGAAAUGCCCGAACGAUCGUGUCCUUUCGCAAAUUUCAAGGGAACCUAACGGCAGCGUAUUUCUUUCUCUCGAUCCCUCCAUAAAAACCAUGCAUAGCGACGUUGCCUGCUGCUGGUCAUCCGUAGUCAGGCCCAAAGUGGAUAGGCCCAAGAAGGACAACUACGACUCUACGAUAUCAGUCAAGCAGUGCGAGAACUUCACCGGACAAGUGAUGCUUCCACGCGAAAUGGAGGUGGCGUACGUAUCAUGCAAGGUGAAGGCGAAAUCGAAACCCAAAGCGAAGACGAAGAAUACGAAGCUGUCAACUAAUACGGUGUAUGAGAACGUUCACGCAAUCUUGAACCCGGAGAAGGUACGCGAACGCAUAGAUCACAAUGGCAGCCAGCCCGGAAACUUUUCAAGAAAGUUGAGCGUGCUCGUCCUCGGCAUCGACAGCGUUAGUCGGCUAAAUUUCUACCGAGCUAUGCCGAAAACCGAGAGAUAUCUGCGCGAGACUGGCUGGAUUGGUCUAAAAGGCUACAAUAAAAUCGGCGACAAUACGUUUCCGAAUCUGAUGGCGAUUUUGACCGGUCAGACACCACAACAAGCAUAUUCUCGGUGCAAGCCGACAGUGGCUUACAAACUCGACAACUGCCCUUUCCUUUGGCACAACUUCCGCAAUGCUGGCUACGUCACGGCCUACGGAGAGGACGAGACUAUCCUCAACACAUUUAACUACCUCAAGGUUGGCUUUGUCGAGCCGCCUACGGAUUACUACUUGAGACCCUAUAUGCUGGCCAGCGAGAAACUUCUUAAAAUCAAGAAAAGAUUCAACAUGAAAUACUGUACGGGUCCCAAAUUAAGCUUCGAACGGAUCUUCGAUUACGCUGUGAACUUUGCCCAAACCUUCGUCGGCGUGCCAUACUUCGGAUUCUUCUGGACAAACACGAUUAGCCAUGACAAUAUGAACGGCAUUUCGUCGAUGGACACUCGUGUGUUGAAGAAAUUCGAGUUUCUAGAACAGGAAGGAAUACUAAACGACUCGAUGAUAAUCUUCUUGAGUGAUCACGGUAUGCGCUGGGGCGAGUUUCGCAACACCUUUGUCGGCUGGUACGAGGAGAGAUUACCGUACAUUUACAUCUGGUUACCCGAAUGGUUCCGCCAGAAGAAUCCCGAGGCCCAACGAGCUCUUGCGGUGAAUCAGAAUCGACUCACCUCGCCUUUCGAUCUCUACGAAACGCUACGGGAGGUUCUCGCCAUCGGAGGUGGUGAUGCUGAUUCCAGUCCAGGAUGUUCCACCUGCCAGUCCCUUUUCGCGCCAGUCCCUAGAGAGAGGGGCUGUCAGGACGCAGGUGUGGUUUAUCAUUGGUGCACUUGCACGGCUUUCAAGUCCAUUAACGUUAAUAACAGAAUCGCCAACGAUGGCGUGCAGAAGUUCCUGGAUCAUGUUGAGAGUAUCGUAAAAAAUUACAAGGACAAGAAGGGCCGGCGACUAUGCGCGCGGCUCAAGCUAAAGAAGGUGCACCGGGUGGAUCAGGUGAUCGACUUUGGCACGGAUAAUCUGUCCAGCAUCACAUAUUUCUACAUGAUUCAGACAACUCCCGGUAACGGUAAUUUCGAGGUAACCAUCAGGUAUCACGGUGAUGGCAAUUAUACUCUAUCUGAUAGCGAAGUCAGCAGAAUCAAUCCUUACGCCGUGAGCGCCAGGUGUUUAAAUCGCGGCAUGAAGCAGUAUUGUCACUGUGUAAAGUAAACAUGAACUCACCAAAAUUUGACUUUAUACGCGUUGUUACAAUUUUGUACUUCAUUAAUAUUCCGUUGAAUCCGAUCGAAAAGAGUUAACUUUUUUAAGCUAGAAAGCCUAUAACUGGUUUCGAAAAAAAAAACGCUAUUCCUAAGUUGAAAAUAUUUGACGGUGAAAAAUAUUCAGACGUUACUUUAAAUAACUUUCCUAAAACGUAAAAUCUUGCGAUGCAUUGCAUUGCGAUGGUGUU